CGACUAUAACACGGACCUCGAGGCUUGACUGUUUCUCAUUGGCCUCAUCUGAUAAUACUCAUUCAAAUGGUAGUAUUCCGUGGACAGUGAAGAUGCAGCCUAAAAAUAGUAGAAAAGUCAGGCGAAGCCCUCCUUUUCCUUUAUUUAAAAGACAAUGCAUCUUAUCCUAGCAGCUUUCAUUUUUUGAAGGAUUUGGUCGUAUUCAAAAAAUCAAGUGUUCCCCAAGGGGUCGCUUUGGAGAUGGCGGCCACUUUGACAGACCUAACUGUCUCAGACGUGUCUGGUAUGAUCGCUGUCGGUAUUGCAGUCGUCCAGGUCUUGAUUCCAGUUGCAUUGCCUGUUAUUCUACUUGGAUUUUUGAAAUCCUCGCAACCUACUUUUUCUGCUAGCACUUGGUCUGCCUUGGCAAGAGAGCUUCAUUCUUCAUAUUGGCCAACAAUCCUGAGGACAGAUUCUUCGGCAUCGGGAGGCUACGCAGUGUCGGUGGUAUCAUGGUCGAGGACUGGCGCCAAAAUCCUGACAGCACUUGCUGCUAUAGUCACGCCCUUGGGGUUGUAUCAAGACAUUGUUGCCCAGGAGCCGAUAUCAGCGCAGUUUCACUAUCUCGAGGACAGGUCGGUCUUUGGGAAGAAUACACCACCGCGAAAUGCGGAUAUCCGGUUUAGUCGCAUCUGCGGAGGUUUUGGUCCUAUGAUCUGCCCAGGAUCCCCGGGAAACACCACCUGGUAUAAAAAUGCCUCUGGGGAAUUUGUCGAUGUGGAUCGUUACGAUACCAGUAUUCCUGUGCAUUUGAUGGAAUCUUUUCAGAGUGGCCUUUCCACUAUGAAGGCAUCGGUCUCGAGCAUUUUCGAUAUCCAGUCGCGGUAUACGACGACCUCACAAACGAUUGACAUCAGUAACCCCCUGGACAACGGCACAGGAUACUCGCUCAGUCAAUUACGGCCGAUCCAGUCACAUAUCACGGAUCGUAGUUACCAUCUGGUGGAAGGAUUGGUGAUCGAUCUGCAAGCCGGAGGGAUCGGCUUCCGCAACCAUACAGCACCACCGUGGCGACCCUUGGGGAGCGAGUGGUCCGAAGACCUGUUGUUCGUCGAACCGGAGACGCAGUGCGUAGACGUAAAUCUCACCAUCGAGUAUCAGGUUGCUAAGUCUCGUGAGGGCUAUACGGAUAUUGUACUCACUGACCGAGGGGGCUUCUCCAAUUUUCCAACGGAAUUUUCUCCUUUGAACUGGACAACUACUCACAGUCAGGAUGAUUCAGAGCUUUUACAACGGGCAUUCACCGCGGCAUGGGUGAAUAAUUUCGUGUCGAUGAUUUUUAUGAAUGUGACCAAUCCCCGUAACUAUAAUGGGUCUGGGGAAAGAGCGUUUAGAUAUCUGGAUUCUCACCAGGGAAAGAGAUUUUCCUUAUCCCGGGGUGAAACAGGAUUUGGUACCGCGAUCAUCAGUCACCCUAGUCUACGGUCUGUACCGUAUGGAUCUUACCUGGACGGAACGGACAUGGCAGUUGAUGGAGUAAACUCCAGCAACUCUAAUAUCGGAAAUUUUACACGCUACAAGCCGGCACUGUACCAGAACCCCUUCCAUAUUGAAUCUUUCAACUUCACAGCUGCCACCGAUCUAUGUAGCAGAACGACUAGCCUUGACUAUGCGAACAUAAGCAACAUCCACGUUAACUGUGGAUUGGUUUACGGCGUUCCACAGCGCCAGACACCAGGCGAUCCAAUUAUGUUCAAUGAUCCUGGCUCCAAUUGGUCGAUCCCUCUUUACUCCUGUGCAGCUGGUGUGAAAGCCACUAUAAAGACUGUGUCUUUUAGAUUUAACGGGAGUGAUGAUCUAUCUGGACUAAGGGUAACUGCUAUCAGACCAAAAGAGUAUAUUGACAAUUCUUCCAAGCCGCUGUGGGGAGUUGAAAACAGCCACCUCCUACUGAGAGAUGUUCGUCCGCUCUGGGGCCUGGUUUCUCCUGAAGCUGCUAGUAAACUUGGACUAUCAACUCUUCGCAAGGAGCAUCUGUGGCUACCUGGUACCGGUAAAUCAAAUAUCUUUACUACGUCACCCGAUUACCAGAAUCUCCCUGGGGUAUAUUUCUAUGGGCGUGCCCUCGCGGGGGCUUUUGACGUGGGUUCAAACAGCAUGGGAUUUUUCGACUAUUCAGGCGCAUCGAGUAUUUCACUGUUGCUUCAAUGGCAAAAGCUCUCCCAGACAUUUUCGGGGACAGCGGAGGCUCUGGACCUGAUCUGGACGGAUAUAGCCGCCAAUUAUGUUCUGGGAACAAGAAGUAUGGCUACGUCUGCUACCGGAGGAGACGGUGCAAAAAGACCCGAGACAAGUGCGCCCGAUGUUUCAGUGAUAUUUUACGCCAAAAGUGUAAGGCUCCAUAUGCUGUACGGCAUCCCAGCGUUCCUUACGCUAGCAAUGAUCCUGCUCGUCUGUGCAUUCGCUCUUGUGUCUAUCUUCCUGCAGGGAUCUGGGCCACGUCGAAUGACUAAAUUCUUGAACUGGACUUCGACAGGACGCAUAUUCACAUCUCUUAACCAAGAUUCUGAUGGAAGUGUCAUUUAUCUGUCUCCUAAGCUGUCCAAAAUGUGGACCAAGGAAGAAGGAAGACGUGGUAUAACCGUUAUGGAUCAGAGUGAAAGCGCUACUUCUGAAUCAAAGCCUGAACAGGAGGCUGGUUCCACAGAACCAGCGCCAGAACAGGAAAGUGAGACUCCGCCAGUGCAGCAAAGACUGCUCCAGGAUGAGACCGCACCAUAGCCUAUACAUGCAACCCGACUUUGCACAAGGAAUGUCCAAAUAUUGACCACAACUGAUCACAUCAGGGCCCCUGCCUCCGAAUAUGUGCGGAGUGGCUCUGGUUUAUGAAAAUAUAGUAAUAUGCAAAUAGUUUAAUGGAUUGGCUAACUAUUAGAUAUGGCAGAGAGACAUGAUGACUGAGGUUCACAAUGCUAUGCCAAAUGGCCUUGGCCAUAUGAAUGGUGCCACCUCUGAGUUCUGAUAGUUAGGUAGAUGGGAAUCCGGUGAACUGUAUUGAGCAGUCGUAUGUAGUAAAAUCCCAGCACAUUGGCGCCUCAGUUCUACCCCAGUGUAUCAAUUCUCCUGUGUCUCCGCGGCUAAUUAAGCAAAGCAGAGCCUGGGGCCAUCAGCGUG